AUGGCUUCUUCGAACAGACAUUGGCCAAGCAUGUUUAAAUCGAAGCCUUGCAACCAGUUUCAGCAUGACAUGGUCUCAACUACUACUGCAUCUUGCCACAGAUCAGCCCCUUAUAAUCCUAUUUCAGGAUUAGGAUGUGAUGAGAAGAGUCCAGAACCGAAGCCAAGAUGGAACCCAAAACCAGAACAAAUCCGGAUUCUGGAGGCGAUAUUCAAUUCUGGAAUGGUGAACCCUCCAAGGGAUGAGAUAAGGAAGAUAAGGAUGCAGUUACAGGAGUACGGUCAAGUGGGUGACGCCAACGUCUUCUACUGGUUCCAGAACCGCAAAUCAAGGAGCAAGCACAAGCUUCGCCACCUCACUAAUAAUAAUAAUAGGAAUAACAACACUCCAUCACCGUCACCACCGCCGCCGCUGCCGCCGCAGCCACAAUUCAUCUCAGCCACCACCAACUCAUCCUCCUCCUCUUCCUCUGACAAAUCAUCUCCAAAGUUCGUUCCCGCUUUCACCGAUGUGGUGAUGCUGCUGCCUAAUUCUCCAACAGCCUCUGUGAACCAGAACUACUUUCAUCACAACGACACCAAUAAUAACAACACUAUCAAUCAUCUUUUGGUUCCUCCACCACUACCGAUCGAACCCUUCUUCCCUGUGUUCCAUAAUAGUAGUGGCGUGGUUGCAACUACUGAGAUCUCUAAUAGUGUGGUUAAUCAGCAUCAACCUCCUCAUCUUGUUUAUCAAGAAAACGUUGAUCCUUGCACUGAUCUGCUCCUUAGCGAAAUCAUGAGCCAUGGAGGAGUAGAACCGUCCUCUAAGAGAUACCAUGAACAAGACAAGGCAGCGGCCACCGUCAAGAUUAGGCAGCCACAACAAUACAUAAGCUUCUGUCCGGUUUCAACUCCUCCUCCUUCCUUCACUAACACAACCGCUACACCUAUUACUGUUCCAUCCCCAUUUCAAGGUGCAGGUGGUGGUUGUGGUAGUGGUGAUGCGUCAGCGGCGAAAUGUACGGUGUACAUAAAUGACAUGGCAUGCGAAGUCGAUGUGGGUCCCUUUAACGUGCGUCACGCUUUUGGUGAUGAGGCGGUGCUUAUCGAUUCCUCCGGCCACACCGUUCUCACCGAUGACUGGGGCGUUACCCUCCACCCUCUCCAGCAUGGCUUCUCUUACUAUCUCAUCUGGGUUAGGAAUAGCGUUCGUUCCUGA